AUGGAAACUCCUGACUCGGCUCUGGAUAAUCGUCUUCUAUCACCAGAAGCUCCUCAUUCCCCUCAGUAUUAUUUCGCGAUCUUUCAGACAACGGACACCUUCGUUGCUAAGGCUACGUCUCCUAGUAGUCCUAGCAGUAUUGCGACAAGUUCCCAGAUCCGCGCCCUUCGAAAGCUUGGCAAGGGCAAGGACACACCACAGUCACAGCGAGUAUCGCCGAGAAUCACGAAGGUUGUUCAAUUGCCCGAGUCAUCUAUAUUAUGGUCCCGCGUGGAAGCAUUCUUGCAAGAGUUCGGAUGUUUUUGGCCUUUCUUGCGCGGAGAGAAGGUUCGUGACAGACUAUCGGUCACCAUAAGCUCGGCGCUGCGUGGCAGCCAUCCAAAUCAAAUUGUCGUCACUGCGGCAAAUUGUAAAACUAUUGCCAUUCUUUUCAAUGUGCUGGCCUACGCGGACCUGAUGGAUGAAGCAUUUGUCAACGGCGAUUUUGCUCCCGGGUCUCAAUCCUAUUGUCAAGGGUUAAGUCUAAUGGAGUCUUUUGGAGUCCUCCAUGACAAUGAUUUGGACACCAUGAUAUACCACACUAUCGCGGCAUCAUUUUUCCUGGCAGCCGAAAAGCUACAUACGGCUCUGCAGAGUGCUUCUCAGGCCUUUCACAUUGCUCGCUGUCUUGAGCUGAACAAUCAGAAGCGAUGGCCAGAAAAUACGGAGGACGAAAUUGCUUGCCGCCAGUCUCUUUGGUGGACAUUGUACUUUCUGGAUAAACGAAUCACGCAAAAGAUCGGGAUCUCAUACUCUGUGCGAGAAAAUGAGUGUGGCGUCAGAGAGUUUGUUGGAGACGAAGCCGACGGCGGCGUACACGACCAUCAUGACAUGCUCCAAAGCAUGGUCAACUACAGUCAUUUGUGGGCUUAUAUCUGGGAUGGCUUUUUCUCGCCACGAGCCUCAGUAAAACAAAUUGACUUUGAUGAGGUUGAGUUGACAGAUACCAAAAUUAUGCUGGCUUAUCGUCGUCUUCCAGAUAAUCUUUCUUGGGAAUCCCAAAAGGCUUUGGAAUACAUGAAAGGUGAUGACGAGAGACAAAUUCGGCGGCGACUUCUUGUUUUUCUGGUAAGAAUUUUUGAAGAAUCUUACCCCCACACUUACUCAACAUAA